AUGCCCGUCCCUGGAUCGCGCUUCUGUGUACGUUGCCGUCCCUUUGCGGCGCGUCGCACCGACCAAACCGCGGAGCUGGAGCCGGGCAAUCAAUCGACGGUCACUGCGUCCACCAAAGACUCCCGUGUCUGCGAGCCCUGCGACGACGAGGCGAUCUGUGAGCCAUGCGCCGAGGAGUCGGCUGCCGUGCCUCCUGGACAUGUCUUUGACUUUCGCAUGCUCUACACUCUCCCACAUGUCGAGGCGAUCGAGUCCUCGAUCCCUGACGCCGGUGCUGGCCUCGGCACGAAGAAGGCGUUUUCCGAGGGAGAGGACGGCGCCCCACCAGCGCCCGACCGGGGCACCCGCGCGGACAGGGAGAGCGAUGCAUGCACUGAUGCCUUAGCUGGCGUCGCGUUAGGAGGGGGGGAUCGGGCGCGAUGUGGCGAUGGAGAGGGCGAGCUGGACGAGCUGGAUGAGGGCCGGCCGUGUGGAACGCGAGACUGGCACCGGCUGCACGCCGGGGUCUCGAGUCAGGCCGAGGUUGUCGUAUGUCGGUUGUUGUCGGAUGUCGGCGAUGGUUGA